GUCACCAUGGAGAUGGUUGCGGUGUGACGCUCCUGGUCCCCAGGAAGUAGCUCCAUCUGUAAACGCACGGGGAAAUGGACGAUAAUCUUCAACUCGGUGACAGUGGAGUUGUAAAGAAUGUUGCAAAGUUAGGUCGACGGGCUCGCCAGGCUGCAGAGCAAACAUCUUCAAUGGAGGAGUAUCGACACGUCAGGAAAUCCUCUUCUUCUACGUCGAUGGGAGAGGUACCCCCUCCUAAACCAGCCCGCAGGCAGGGCGGCUGGGCUGAGGAGACUUCUGGAUCUGGAUCAGCCAAGUCUGGAAGAAGGCCUGCCAUGGUGGAGGACGUGGAAGACCGACGCCUUCGACCACAAACCCCCCAGGGCUCGGAUGAUGAAGGAGAUAUACCAGUGAUUCCAGACCUUGAUGAAGUACAAGAGGAAGACCUUACCAUGCAAGUUGCUGCUCCUCCAAGCAUCCAGGUGAACCGGGUAAUGACAUACAGAGAUCUGGACAAUGACCUCAUGAAGUACUCUGCCUUCCAGACCCUGGAUGGGGAGAUUGACUUGAAGCUCCUCACCAAGGUUUUGGCUCCAGAGCAGGAGGUGCGGGAGGUGAGAGGACGUGGGUUGGGACUGGGAUCGUCUGUUUACGGAGGUGUCCUCAGAGCUGCUGACGGAAUGGGAUCAAGGAGAGAAGGAGGAGUUAUGAUGUGUUAUGUGUUAUGAUGACGAGCCUCCCCAGGAUGGGAUCGGGUGGACCAGGAUGCCUCCUCUGGGACCUGGGUGGGUGCAUGUCAAGGCUCUGUCCAAACAUAGGGACCAUCAAGUAUAUGUAGCUUGUUGUUCAUAUUCCAAAUUUAGUGCACAAUGUAUUUAUUUUUUCUAAUAAGUUUAAACACGCCACAUUUGUAGGUAUAUUUAUUGUGAAAUUAAUUACUGUAAUUUCUAUAGUAGGUUGCAAAUGAAUUAUCUUCUCUAAGACACAGAAGUUUAAUGACACGUGCGGUAUUUCACUGCAAUGCUAUCUGUUUGAAUCUACCAAGACUGCUAGAAGACAAAUCACUUUUGUUUAAAAAUGCUGAAUGCCUAAAUGGUCUGAUACAGAUCAAAAUGCCCUCAUCUCCCACCUGCAUUAUCUACCCCCCUACAACCUCAGUCAGAUACAAGUCCAAGGUUGACAAUCACCUAAGCUGAAAUCCACUUGAUUGUGGUCAAAUUAACAUUCUUCAUUAAAGCCCACAACUUUAUUGUUAUUGACUGUGCCAUUGACUUUAUCUUCCAGCUCUUCGACAAGAGCUGCCCCCUCUUUACUAUUAUCUCAAAUGCAUUGAACACACUUCCUAUUGACAAAUGGGGGAUUAGCAUACAUUAUAUAAGGAAGACAUCUUUCUCAUUUGGAGAUGGCUGGAGGUGUCCAGAUGCAUGCUCUCUCCAAACUUACAUAACAACCAUGCAUCAAACCCAAACCACAGGACCUUAGGAGAGGCUGUAAUACUAUGUAUGCCUAUAGGCCUGAACAUGAGUCCAAUUCAACAUAAUACAGAUUAUUAGUAGCGAAGAAGCCCUCGGUGGAGUAUGUCCUCUGCUCUUUACUUUUUUAUAUGUAAGGAUGGAAUCAUUUAUACCUAAGAUCCUCUCACUGUCAUAGUUUGCACACAAAUGUUUAGUAUGUAUCAGUGUGUGUUUAUGCCUUGUCUCCACUUAGAUUAGUCUUUGGAUCAUGUGUGUGAAUAAAGACGCAGGCCUCCAAAGCUA